GCCAUGGUAACCAGCAGCCACAGAAGAUGGAUUAUGACCUACCUCACCAUUAGCCACAGCGACUUGAGUGCUAAAGACUCUCUCACAUCUCCUGUUUAUGCUCCAGGAGUUGGCAGUGAAUUUUCUCCCCAAUAUCUUCCAUUUUUUCCCCUUUGGAAGCUUCUGGUGUUGACGGAGACUCUCAUAUUGGUUCUUCAAUCCCAUGGUGUCCUCAUCCCCUAGCGGCGACCCCUCUGACACAGAGGACUGCAAUUCUGAAACCAAAUGCAUGCUGAGCCUCUCUGGGGGCUGUCUCCCCAGUGAAGAGCCCUCGUCCUGUGAGGACAUCAUCCUUCCUGAAGACAUGACUCCCAGUGUGUGUUCUUCAGGUGACCUCAUCUCUGCUAUUCAAGGCAGGUGGGGGCCUGAAGGGAACAAGAGAUGGCCCAACCUAUGAAAGCUACUUCAGGAUGACCCACAGCAGAUCUACAACCUAGGUAUCACUGUGCCCUGGGCUGACGACAAUGGCUUUGAAGAAUCAACUGCUCAUGAAAAUCUACAUAGAGGCAAAGAUGAAACAAAAUGUACUGAAGGAAAACUGGAUGGUCUUGUGAAACUGCUGAAGACAUUUCAGGGCUUUUACAUGGAUGAUGAAGAAAUCCAAAAGGAAGACAGUGAAAAUCCCCAAAAAACUCGGAGGAAGAAGAAAGAUGAGGACCGGGAUUGCCUCAAACUUACUCUGGCCGAAGACCUCAGGCUGAGCAGCUGUUCCCCUGCCCAGCUCACUCAUCAGGGACAUGAGGCAUGUCUAGACUCGCCCAUGUGCAAACCAUCAGGAAACACAGAUGUCAUCCCAGUCCCAGAGCUGCCUGUGACACUGAAGGGACAGGAACGUGCCGAGGUGAGCAGAGCUGCCUCCCAGAGAGCAAGGGCCAGGCCCAGUGGGGAGCAGACGGCAGUCGAGGGGAGCAGCAGCCACAAGUCAGGGAUCACAGAGCCCUCCACCUCCUCAGCACACCCGGAGGAUGACGCCCCCAGACCACAGAGAACCUCCUGUCUGCUCGUGGGGCAGGCCUUCCACCGGCUGCUCGAGAGUCCUUUCCAAGAGAUGCAGAAGACAGGAUCCUGAGCAAGACACCAAGAGCCACCCUCAGCAGGCUCCAAAGAGAAGUCGAUGUCUUAGAGGCAAAUGGAUCCAGCCUGAAGGACCCCUUGAGCAGUUAGGACCACCCCACAUCCCCACAUUUUCCCACUACGUGCUAUCCCAUCAUCCCAAAUACACAUAGUUGAUAUUUCUCAAUAAAGCCCAUAUUCUUGUCCUCUGUGUCUGCCUCUUCCAGCAAGUCACCUUCACUCAGGCUCAGAGUAUGCAAGUGGCCCAGAGGACCUCAAUUCCCUCUCAGGAAAUGUUAGGCAGUGUGAAGCGUCCUAAACGGGAGGCAUUCUUUUUCCCUCUCCCCAUUCUCACUGCAUUUUACCCUAUGUUAUGGACGUGGAUCUAUCUUGUCAGACCUCACCUCCCACAUCCAGAAGAUACCACUGGACCCACCAGAUCCAACCAAGGCAGGAAGGUGUGGGCUGAGCUCAGAACCUGAGCACGAGCCAGUGGGGCGGGUCCCUCAGGAGCCUUCAGUUCCUCGGGUUCCCAAAGCCAGACACCAACACUGCUCCUCCUGUUCCCGCAGGACCAUGCUGGCUCUAGGAUGCAGCUUUGUCACCUGUUCCAGCAUGCUGGUGGGUAUGAGUGUGUUGGUUGUAAAAAGCAGUCCAUUUGGGAGGAAUGUGAAGGCUGGGAAUCACCUCACCACUCUAGCCUCACUUUCCUGAUUCUCAAGAUGGGAGAGAUGGGAGAGUUAGUAAUGCACACUGCACAGGCUACUGGAAGAACUCAUGAGAUAAUGUACCCACUUGUGAAUAGCAGUGUUGGCACCAUUCGUCAUUAUCCUAAAGAUCUGCCCAGGGACUUGACUCAAAGGCCAUGGAACAGAGAGAAUUUGUGUCAGCCUCACAGAAUUAUUUCCCACACUGAAGCAAUCUAUGGUUACCAAAAGCUAAGGAUUUGAGCAGAUCUUGAUUUAAGCAGGUCCCAUCUCACUUCACUGCCCUCUACUUUCUGAAACUCAUCCACAAACUGUCACUACAAUUGUCUCUAGAGGCCAGCUUCUUUGAGGAAGGCUGUACUUCCUCUCUGGCUCUGACUCUCACUGUCACUGGUCUCAGCUCCCUCCCAGGGCCCUGAUCAUAGUCACCCACAGGGUCCCCAACAGUACCCACCCUCCAACUUCACCACCAGCCUUUGUCCUGCAGUUUUCUUGGACAAGCAAGAGUCUUCACUUCAAAUGUGUUCCUCUGCUCCAUUUCCAUGUCCUUCCCCUUCCUUCCUCCCUGUCCUCCUCCUACCACAAAUAUUUAGCACAUAGGAGCAGCAGAGUCUGCUCCAGUUUAGCCAAGAGGAGAAAGAGGAUGGAGGUGCUGGCUCAGGUGACUUCUUUAAGAGAUAAAGCCAUGGGGGCCGGGAAUUUAGCUCAGUGGUGCUGCCACUUGCCGCUGAAGCUCAAGGUCCCUAGUUUAAUCCCUGGUACCAAAAAAAAAAAAAAAAAAGAGAGAGAGAUAAGCCACAGAAACUCAUGCUUAAUAGAACCGAGGACUUGGGAUGGCAAACAGUUUUUCCUUUGUUCUAAAUGAUUAGAUUUUUAAAACUAGUAAAACAUAUGAACAGGUUCCAAAGGGAUUGUGAAAGUCAAAUAUUACUGUUAAAAUUCUUUUUUGGGGGGGGUACCAGGGAUUGAACUUGGGACCUUGUGCUUUCGAGGCAGGCAGGGGCACCACUGAAUAAAAUCCCAUGCCCUACUGUUAAAAUUCUUGUAUGUGUGACUGAACUGCUCAUAAUUAAAAGGGCUCUUUAAAGGGUUUUCUAAAAAGAAAACACAAUGAUAUGGAAGGAAAAAUAUGUCUAAUGUAAUGAGAUUUUUCUUAAAACAAUUAUAUUUACAAAACUGACAAAUGAACAAGGAUUUCGUGUUAUAUUGAGAUUAUUUCUUGUGUUUCAGUGUUAGACUUUUGACUAGUUAAGGGAUUGUGCCUUAAUAGAGGCAGUUUUUUUUGUUUUGUUUUUUUUGGUACUGGGGAUCAAACUGGGGUCAUUGAGCUUGCACAGCAGGCAGUGAAAUCACUGAGCUAAAUCCCCCGGCCCAACAGAGGCAGUGUUUAAGUUUCAGUUAACUGUAAAGUCUUUUUAUCCUGAGUUUCAGUUUACACCCUGGCUCGAUGAACCACUUUUAUGUUAGGUUAUAAUAGCAUAUUUAAUAGCCUAUGCAUUUGGGACUGGAGAUGCAUGUCCAUCUAGGAGUAAAUGUGCUGUGAGCCUGCCAUUGGUUUAGAUACUGACAAGUGCAUAGACUUCAAAGCACACGUGGUUAAUAUAUGCAUAACAAGCAAUACAUGUUCAUUCAAUGCAACAUGCACUGUGUCUGGACCAUAAUCAUAUAAAAUGGUUGACAUAACUUUAUGCAUUUUUAUUCAGUACAUUAAAUAGAAACCAUUUAACAACAAAUUCAUUUGCUAAAUCCUGCUACUUAAAACAUGGUCUGCACCUUGCCCUCGAAAACAGAAGCUAUGUCACUAUGUUCAGACUUCUGUGUAGCUGUGGCACUAGUUACUGCUGGCUUCUUUGUACAUGAAGUGUGUUUAUGUUCCACAAAAACACAGUUCUUGUAGAAUACAGUUAGGUAAACUCCUUGCCAUACUGGUGUAUUACAAGCCAAGACUAUUGUAGCAAUAGCCUUUUUUGGCCUAUGUCAUUCUUUGUGGUAAAAUGAAGUUUUAAGCAUAUUUGGGAGAGAGAACAAGGAGAGUCUAAUGGUCCUGGUAUAAUAAUGUCAAUCGUAACUGUUAUGCUAGAAAUGCUGAGUACAAGGAAAGUAACCAAGUGUCUUGUCAACUGCUCCACUUUCCUCACAGUUCUGACCACAGCUACUGUAAAUCUUUUGUUGCCCACAGCUGUGAUUCUUCUUUAACGCAUUGCACCCAGUGAUAAAAAGGAUUCUAACAUGUACUCUCAGAUACAGUUUUCGCACAAAAGGAGGCCUGUUAAGUAUGCUUCUUGUCUCAGAAUUAUUAUACUAACUUGACUGCUUUUGUUCAUUAGUUUUCAUAUGUUCAUAGGUUUUCAAUUUACAUAACAAAUAACUAACUCUGAAAAAGCACAAACCUCCUGACAGUAAAAUCAAGGGUGUUUUCCACACCAAGUAAUUCCUACUGUCCAACAGCAGCUGGGAAUUCUAUAGUUUAACACAAUCCUGACACCCUCCUCUGUUUCCAAUACAGUGGACCCUUGAGUUAUGACCAGCAUGACAUACAAACAACUUGGGUUACAGCCAGAAUUUUAGUUUUAACUUACAAUCAAAGUCUUGAGUUACGACCAGAAUGCCGGCCACUUGUGCUUGGUCUCACAUACAGAUUUAACCGUUAAAGAGUUCUGGAAGGAACAUUACAACAUCCUUUCCCAUGUGGGGAUAAGUGAGAAAUCCUGGGUCAAUGUCUCUCUAAGGACACUGAGAUCUGCCUGGAAGAAAGUGUGGCCUAAAAUUAUAUAGGAGAAAGAUUUUGAAGGCAAUUUACCAACUUGAGUUACAGCCAGCCCCCAGGAACAAAUUGAGUUUGGAAUUCAAGGGUCCACCAUAUUAUGAUGAUCCUCACUUCUAACCAAGAUGACUGCAAGAGACAGCCAACUACCCAUAGCAUUUCCAGAAACCUACUCAGAUGAAGAAGCACUUCUUUUUUAUUCUGAAAAAAAGAUGCAAAUUCUAUCUUGCAAGAUAGAACAAUUAUAUUGCAAAAAAGCUUAAAAACUCACUAAGUCAUGCAAGAGUAGUCCUGAAAAAUGCAGUUAGGCUACAAAAAACUAUGUAUUGCACAGGCUGAUAGCAGAGUCCCUGGUUAAUUUAAUCUUAUGAUUAAUUCUGUUGUAAUAUUGUAUCAAAAAAGCUUGGGCCAGGGGUUUAGCUCAGUGGGACCACCUUGCCUUGCAAGUGCAAGGUUGAGUUUGAUCCCCAGUAAAAAAAAAAUUUUAUUGAUAAAUGUAAUCCCUACUUCUUUGACAUUGUCACACAUUUCCUGACAUAGUUUCCCCUCCAAAAUGAUACCAGCAGCUAAAGAGUCAUCCACCCAAUUUACUCAGUGAUA